AUGUGCAAUGAACCUCCCUUGAUUUGCUUUCCUUUUUCCAUCAACGCACAAACAUGCCUGCCCGCACCUUUGCUCACCACUGCACUGCAGCCACAUGACCAACAACAGCUUUUAUGGCUCUCUCCCAUCGUCUCUGGGACUGCUCUCACCCCUCCAGCUGCUGUCAGUCGGCCCCCUUGCGUCCAUGCAACCCUUCACCACCCCCCCAACCCUUUUCCCCUUCACAUCCUUCUAAGUCCUGCUUCUGUCUGCUCCGCGCCCUGUGCACCUCGUUGCUUCUCCACGCUUCCACUUCUCCUUUGCCACAGCGCCACUAAUUUGUCCGCGCUCGCGCCCGCCACCACCACUGCUCAUCCCGUGUGUUCUGUGCGCUCCUCCACAUGUGCACAUGGUGCAGGGAUCUCAGCUUCAACCGCUUCUCAGGGCCCCUCCCACUCACCAUCACCCAGCUCACGCGCCUUUCCUUUCUGUCAGUGCAACUCCUCCAACACCUCCCUUGCACUCUGCCUCACCAUCUUUUCCAUUUUCCUCCCCUUUCUCUCUGUUCUUGAGACUGACCUGAGCGCCAACAGCUUCAGCGGUGUGCUGCCAGAGGCCAUCACGGCACUGACCGCCCUUCAGCACAUGUAUUCUGCCCUUCCAUUCCAUCGCAUGCUGCGCGCUAAAGCGCACCACCCUUCCACAAUCCUAUUUCUCAUCCGUUUCUCCCUCUCGUUCACUUGCCCUCUUUCCGGUGCUGUGAAGAACACCUCGCUCAUCUGCCCCUCCACAGACGCCGCCUGUGACGUGCCUCAGACGCUGCUCUCGCCCUUCUGCAUCCAGUGCCCUAACUUCUGCCGCCACUGCAUUCAAUACGGCUCCCAGCCUUCCUACUUCCCAGAAAAACCAUUACCACCCCCUUCACCUGCCGCACCGCCUCUUCCCCCCAUGGGUCGCCCCAUCAACCGGCCUCAACUCGUCACCACCACCACUGUCAGCAGCAGCAAGGGGGGCCUGUCAGGGGGCGCCAUAGCGGCCAUUGUGAUCGGGCUGCUCAUUGUGCUCAUCACUGCUGCUGGCCUCGCAUACAUUGUCAUCACCCACAAGGCCGACUCGCCUGACCAGCAAGGUAGUUUCCGCCCCUCAACCUGCAUAUUUUCAUAUGGCGUUUAUCCUUUUGAUGCUGCUGUGUAA